GGCACGAGACACGCCGCGCACCGUGAGUUCUGUGUCCGUUCUUGGAGGUUCCUUCCCCACAUUUUUUCUUGCGUACUUUUCGACUCCUUUGUGCUGUUCAGUGUCGCGUCGCGUCGCGAGUGCAAGGUUGUUGCAAGCGAGAGCCGAUUCAAGUGAUCAGCAAGGGAGGAUCCGAGGAGAUCCGAGGAACAGCCUCACGAUUGGCACCUUCUACCGCUAUCUUCGCCAGCUGCUGUCCGCGCUUGCCCCGCUGGCCACGGAUGCCGUUCUCCAGCUCAAUGGCACCUAUGCUGCCCAGGAGCUCUAUGGGGGCUCUCCGGGAGGCUUGGGCGGCGGAGGCAGUGGCAGUGGCAGCGGGAUGGCGGAACAAGAUGUGAGCAUCAGUGGCAUCGAUCUGUACAACUACACCGGCAACGGGUUGGAGUUUGCUCUGGAGGCGGACGGCCUUGGCUUCCGGCCAGGCUUUGGCUUACUGUCCAGCACACUGUCCGCCCCCAUUGCCACCGCGGCCCCACCUAGCAGCAACCACAGCCACCGGAGUGCCGGAGUGGCGAAGGUGAGUGCGGAUGUGCCAAUCUGGGUGAUACCCUGCUACUCGAUCAUCCUGCUCUGUGCCGUCGUGGGCAACCUGCUGGUGGUGCUCACCCUGGUGCAGAACCGUCGCAUGCGCACCAUCACCAAUGUCUUUCUGCUCAACCUGGCCAUCUCGGACAUCCUGCUGGGGGUCUUCUGCAUGCCCGUCACCCUGGUGGGCACCCUGCUGCGCCAUUUCAUCUUUGGCGAGUUCCUCUGCAAGCUCAUCCAGUUUGCCCAGGCCGCCUCUGUGGCCGUAUCCUCGUGGACCCUGGUGGCCAUAUCCUGCGAGCGCUACUACGCCAUCUGCCAUCCGCUGAGGUCGCGGACUUGGCAAACGAUCAACCACGCCAACAAAAUUAUCGCCAUCAUCUGGCUGGGCAGCCUGCUCUGCAUGACCCCCAUAGCGCUCUUCAGCCAGCUGAUGCCGACCAGUCGCCCAGGGCUUCGCAAAUGCCGCGAGCAGUGGCCCGCCGACAGCCUGAACUACGAGCGGGCUUACAACCUGUUCCUGGACCUGGCCCUCCUCGUCCUUCCCUUGCUGGCGCUGAGCUUCACCUAUCUGUUCAUCACCCGCACCCUAUACGUGAGCAUGCGGAACGAGCGGGCCAUGAACUUCGGCAGCAGUGGACCUGAAGUGCCCGGCCCCGGUCCGGCCGGCAGCAGCCAGAGGCGCUCCAAUGGCAGCCACAGCCAGUCCCUGGAAACAGGGAUCCAGCAGCAGCAGCAACAGCAGCAGCAACAGCAGCAGUUCGGCACUCCCCAGUACUACUACGCGGACAGCUACUCUCAUGGCGGCAGCAAGAGGAAGCUCCUUGGGGGCGCCUGCGAAGGGCGCAGGCAUCUCUACUGCAUGCGCAGUGCAUCCGUGAAGUCCCUGCGGCAGCAGCAGCAGCAGCAGCAGCAGCAGCACUCUCAGCUCCCGCCGAUCAACGGGUGUACCGGCGGCGGGGGCGGUGUCGGGGGCGGUGGCGGUGGCGGAGGCGACUGUUGCAGUCGGGCCCAACGGCUGCGGCAUCAGUUGCAGCACCAGCAGAUCUGCAUGGGCAUGGGCAAUGACAACGAAUCGCGGCGCAAAUCCUUGUCGCAGCCCAGCCUGCGCAUCACAGAAGCGGGGCUGCGAAGCAUCGUGCCACGCCGCUCGAACGAGAGCAAGAGCCUGGAGAGUAAGAAGCGGGUAGUGAAGAUGUUGUUCGUGCUGGUCCUGGAGUUCUUCAUCUGCUGGACGCCGCUGUACGUGAUCAACACGAUGACGAUGCUGAUCGGACCUGUGGUGUACGAGUAUGUGGACUACACGGCCAUCAGCUUCCUGCAACUGUUGGCCUACUCAUCCAGCUGUUGCAACCCGAUCACCUACUGCUUCAUGAACGCCAGCUUCCGACGCGCCUUCGUGGACACCUUCAAGGUGCGGAUGUGCGAUGGGGGCCGCCUAUGCUUCUGGCGGCGACGUUCCAAGAACGAGACCAACCUGUCCGUGGCCGGAAACUCGAUUGCCCUGGCCAAUUCGGUCAUGUCCAGCCACACCAUUCUGGAGAGUCCACGCCUCUGAGCCGCCGCUCGUGGCAGGGAGUCCGAGCGGCGCCAGUUAAAGGUAAUGGAGACGGAGUCGCUGUAGGAGCGAGUACGAGUAUGUCCCUACGAGGUGUCCACCCAACAGGCAGCUAAAUAUGUGAUGAUGCAAUGUGAACGAAACUGAAACUAAAACUAAAGGAACUGUGGUUGUCAACGACUCUACCGCGUUGUGAAUGUAAAUGUGCGUGGAUAGACGGAUGGGUGGAUGGAUGAACCUACCUAAAUGGUGGGUAUGCUAGGUAUCUUUUCUACGUAUGGGCGUCCCCUCCCUUUCCGCUGUUACUACAUAUGUAUGCAUACCAUAUGUGCAACUAAUGUUUUAAAUGUGAAUCUAGAGUUACUAUCAUUCGAGUUGUUAAAUGUGAAUUGUUAGACUUAACCCCUGCUUACACCUGCUACACGUUUUCCUAUACAUUCCUAAAUGUAUUUCGUAUGUGUGUGUAUGCAAUCAAUCAAUCAAUCAAUAAAUCAAAGGAAAUACAGGGCCCAAGGGUAAUACAUCGUUGUUAAAUUUUCCAAUUUAGCCACUAAAGGUAUUGCUCUUACCCCGUUUCCAGUUAACCGUUUCCCGUACCCCUUCCGCCGAGAGCGAACACUUUUACUUAUUGUCACGCACAGCCAGGUUUCACUGAAGCAUGCAUUUGACAUGUAACCAACCUCCAACCUCCGACCUCCCAUGGGGGGUGGGGCAAGGCUGGUCGCAGGCUGAUAUUACAGGGUAAAAAUUUACAUAAAUAUUUAUAUACAUAUGUAUAUAGAUUCAUGCAUAGAUAAAUCACAGUUGGAUGGGCCCGCUCUAGGGUCAAUCAACAGUAAAACAAAACCAAACAAAACACAAACAACAACGUUUCUUUCGUUCAAAUAAAUGUCAAAUUCAAUUGUAAGUAGUUGAUUGUAGCUGAAAAUGCAUUAAAUGUAAUUAAUAUUCUAAAAUAAGUGCAACCUGCAAGGAACAUAUAUGUACAUACAUGCACACACACACCCAACCACCCAACCACCCACCACACCCACACAGACAGACACAAAUACAUAUUAUAUAAGACAUAUGUGAAUUCUUUUGCUCAUGUACACUUCAACGAACUUGACAAUUGCAAUUACGAGUAUUCUAAUAUCGAUAUGGUCGUCUCUAAAUGUUUUUAUGCAAAUAAAUUAAA